AUGUCAAGCUACUCAACUCAUUCAGUGGGGACUGUGGAGUCCAAUCUGAGCUCGGCAAACACUCCUACUAAUACUGCCCCGUCUCUUUCUAUUUCUCAUGGCAUUCCAAAUUUUAAUGCAUCGCUUAACUCAAUGGACAUUCUGACAAAACCGGCGACAGAGUCGUGGAACAAUUCACUCAAGCAGUCUACCAGUUAUCUUCCCGGCAGCAUGGUUUGGCAAACAUACACGGAUACCACUCGGCAGCAACAGCAGCAGCAGCAAACUCAGCUUUCGGCUGCUCCACUGCAAAAAUCAGCCUCUGAAUCUCAAUAUUCCUACUCAGAUCAAGCCAGCAUGGACUCUUUGAUGAAUCAAUUUAUGCAGAUGAAUGCUCCAACAGCCUAUCAUCCACAGACACAACCACAAAUGCAGGCACAACCUUCGAGCAGCAGAUUGGCAGCAGCACUUCCCACGAAUUUCCAAAGACCCAACGAUGCAUCCACCAAUUAUCAGCAGCAAAUUGCAAUGGAUCCAUGGAAAGCCCAGAGUUCAGCAACCGAUUCUCGAACCUCUUAUGUAAAUCGUCGUAAUUCUGUGCCCUUAGGUAGACCUAUGUACUCACAGGCAGCAGCAGCCAGUAUGGCUAACAGAAAGAUCGACAGUAAUAGCAGUGGAGCUGGUAGCACAGUUGCUGUAACGGGAGGAGAAGAUGCGGAUAUUCAAGUGAAAUUACAGCUGAAGGACGUGGUGAUUGCACAACUUCAAGAAGAAGUAGAGAGAUCAAAUAAACAGGCACAGGCCGUAGCAUCGAUCGAACUUCAAAUGGACAGUGAAGGAUUUGAAAUUCCAAGGAACCACGAACAGUUAUACAGGAAACUGGUGGAGAAGUUGCAGAUUACAGAGAAGGAACUCGAAGAUACAAAGACAAGAUUGGAAGCUCUCGUUACUGCCAUCGCUCUAAAUCCAUCGCAGUCCCAGUACAAAUAUGGCCGGUACGAUGAGCAGGAGAUAGCCCACAAAAUUAUAACCAAGCUGAAGAUGCUUAGCGAAGAAAAUGAGGAGCUGUCCAAGAUGUUGAGCUAUGGUAAGGCAAAGGAGAAGGAUAUCGAGAUCGGUCUCUUACGAGCCCAGAAUUCCGAACUUCGUGAGAAGCUGCUUAGGUUAGAGAAUAAAGGGGACCACGAUAACAAGUGA